AGAGUGCCGUGACUGCCGUCCCAUCCGGAGGCACGACUAUCUGCCAGGGAUCACACACGGCCUAAGACUCAAGCCUCGGAGGUACAUGGCAUUAAGCUGUGCCAUUUUGUGACGAUUGGGCUGGGUUUUCUGAGAGAGCGUACGAUGACGUCGGAAGGUGGUUGAACGGCGGGAUGUCUCGUCUCGUUCCUGCGGCGACCUGAGCGUCUCGCAACCGCAACCGCAAGGUUUCAACGUUUCCAGGUCAGAGACCGAACAUCUCCUGAGACCCGACUACUAUCACUGCCUAAUGCCAACAUUCACCAUACAUCUACCACGUAUCUCAAGAUGACCGACGCCUCAAAAACAAACAUCGUGACGUUCCAGGUCCUUUAUCGAAUUCCGUUUCGCUACCUCUACAUACCUGGCCUGUACAUUGCACUGCUCGGUCUCUUCACCCUCGGCCAUGCACUCCACACCGUUUUCACACACACAGACCCCGGCGGAUACUACAGAUUCUUGAUCUGGCUCGUCCUUGUAUCUGGGUUCCUUCUAACUCUAGCCGGCACAAAUCUCAGUUUGGCCUGGCAUGUGUUCAAGGACGAGAAAAUUCCAGAUCUGAGAGGAAAGCAGAUAGUCAUGACCGACUCCGAAAAGCGAACGAACAAGGUCCUCCGAAGCGUUGCCAGGCUUGUUCCGUGGUGCUUCGCCCACAUACCUGGCGUAAUCCUCAUCGUUCUUGGCAUCAUCGUUCCAUUCAUACAUUCAGUCUGCAUCAAAAGCGUCCUGAUGCUACAGACUGGAAUACGAUGCUACGAAUCCACUUUCAAACUUUGUAAGGGGUAGCCUUGCAACUGGCGGGCUUUAUUGUUUGCACGGGGUGGUAUGUCUUCAAGAGCGUGGAAUUAGGGUGCACAGGAAGGACGCAGCAAGACUACACAGACAUCAAAAGUGGGGUUGACCAGACAAGAGAUAAACGUUCAAAGGAAACCUGACGGUACAUGUUGAGCGUUGCAGGCACAGCAUGUAGAUCAGAGCGAUGCUCUGCGUCAGCGUUUCUC